AGUGGAAAAAUGGUUGCCUUUAAAAUGUGUUACAUUUACUUUACACAAGGAAAAAGACAUCGAGUCUAACCUCAUCCUAUCUUCCUUUAUAAAUAACUUACUACUCACGUUUCAGGACCCAUCACAACUGAAAAGUCGAACCCUUGAAACUAUGCCAGACGACAUGCGGCAUGUAAUUGUCUCCAAAGUUGGUGCUAUCUCAUCCAUCGAUUACUACAACACCAUCAUCUCUUGCAAGGCACUCAACUUCACAUCUCAUCCAUCGAUUAUUACAACACCAUCAUCUCUUGCAAGGCACUCAACUUCACAUCUGACGACUACUUUGUCGUCUUCCUUGAGGGCCAACAACAUUGAAGCCCAUUACAUCAAAGGUAUUGUUGAAUACUUUCGUACUGAAAAUAAAUUCUUAGGUCUGCACCACCUCCAACUCACCCUGGCCACAAUAAAGGAACAUAUCUUUGUGUUGUUAUCCAGAUGUGCUUGGCAUGACUGA